UAGGGCUGUUUGUGGCUCGUUUUCUCAUUUGGCAGCGAAAACUGCUCGUUUUCCCACAAUGAAGAGGUUAUGGCUCUUGGGGCUGCUUUGUGCCCUUCUUGUAUUCUCAUCGGUAAAGGCUGAUGAUGAGGUUGAUGUUGAUGGCACAGUUGAGGAAGACUUGGGCAAGAGCAGAGAUGGAUCCCGUACAGACGAUGAAGUUGUUCAGAGGGAGGAAGAAGCCAUUCAACUCGAUGGACUAAAUGCGUCACAGUUUAAAGAACUUCGGGAAAAAUCAGAAAAGCAUGUCUUCCAGGCAGAAGUAAACAGAAUGAUGAAGUUGAUCAUCAACUCUUUGUAUAAGAACAAAGAGAUCUUCUUGAGGGAACUGAUCUCAAAUGCCUCAGAUGCCCUGGAUAAGAUCCGGUUGUUGUCUCUGACCAAUGAAGAUGCACUUGCUGGAAAUGAAGAAUUAAUUGUUAAGAUUAAGUCCGACAAGGAAAAGAACAUGCUUCACAUCACAGAUACUGGCAUUGGCAUGACCAAAGAGGAACUCAUAAAGAAUCUGGGUACCAUCGCCAAGUCAGGCACAAGCGAGUUCCUCAGCAAGAUGACACAGAUGCAGUCCGAGGGCCAGUCCACCUCAGAGCUGAUUGGUCAGUUUGGUGUUGGAUUCUACUCUGCUUUCCUGGUGGCUGACAAAGUCAUUGUCACAUCCAAGCACAUUAAUGGCACCCAGCACAUCUGGGAGUCUGACUCAAAUGAGUUCUCAGUCAUUGAGGACCCACGUGGUGACACACUAGGCAGAGGGACCACCGUCACUUUGGUCAUGAAGGAGGAAGCCUCAGACUACCUAGAGCUGGAGACCAUUAAGAAUCUUGUGAGAAAGUACUCACAGUUCAUCAACUUCCCCAUCUACGUGUGGAGCAGCAAGACUGAAACUGUUGAGGAGCCAAUUGAGGAGGAUGAGGCAGAGAAGGAAGCUGAGCAAAAGGAGACUUCUGAGGAUGAGGCUGACGUGGAGGAGGAGGAUGAGGAGAAGGACAAACCUAAGACCAAGAAGGUGGAGAAGACUGUGUGGGACUGGGAGCUGAUGAAUGACAUCAAGCCCAUCUGGCAAAGACAUGCUAAAGAAGUAGAGGAAGACGAAUACAAAGCCUUCUACAAGAGCUUUUCAAGAGACAGCGAUGAGCCACUGAGUCACAUCCACUUCACUGCUGAGGGAGAGGUCACCUUUAAGUCGAUCCUCUUUGUCCCUGCUUCAGCUCCCAGAGGACUUUUUGAUGAGUAUGGCUCCAAGAAGAAUGACUUCAUCAAGCUUUUCGUGCGUAGAGUCUUCAUCACAGAUGACUUCCAUGAUAUGAUGCCCAAAUACCUGAACUUCAUCAAGGGUGUGGUUGACUCUGACGAUCUCCCUCUGAAUGUAUCCAGAGAGACUCUGCAGCAACACAAGCUGCUGAAGGUUAUUCGCAAGAAGCUGGUGCGCAAGACCCUGGACAUGAUCAAGAAAAUCGCUGAGGAGCAGUACAACGACAAGUUCUGGAAGGAGUUUGGCACCAACAUCAAGCUGGGUGUGAUCGAGGACCACUCCAACAGAACCAGGCUGGCCAAACUGCUGCGCUUCCAGACCUCUCACAGCGAGUCAGGGCCCGUCAGUUUGGAGCAGUAUGUGGAAAGGAUGAAGGAGAAGCAGGACAAGAUCUACUUUAUGGCUGGAACCAGCAGGAAGGAGGCGGAGUCCUCUCCUUUUGUGGAGAAGCUGCUGAAGAAGGGAUAUGAAGUGAUCUACCUGACGGAACCUGUGGACGAGUACUGCAUCCAGGCCCUGCCCGAGUUCGAUGGCAAGCGCUUUCAGAACGUCGCCAAGGAGGGAGUCAAAUUCGAUGAGAGUGAGAAGGCCAAGGAGAAGAGAGAAGCUCUGGAGAAGGAGUUUGAGCCCCUUACAACCUGGAUGAAGGACAAAGCACUGAAAGACCAGAUUGAGAAAGCUGUGCUGUCCCAGAGGUUGACCAAUUCUCCCUGUGCUUUGGUGGCCAGUCAGUAUGGCUGGUCUGGAAAUAUGGAGAGGAUCAUGAAGGCUCAGGCCUAUCAGACAGGAAAAGACAUUUCAACAAAUUACUAUGCAAGCCAGAAGAAAACUUUAGAAAUCAACCCCAAACAUCCUCUUAUAAAAGAAAUGCUGAACAAAGUCAACACCAGUCCAGAUGACCAGACCGCUUCCGACCUGGCUGUGAUCUUGUUCGAGACUGCCACUCUGCGCUCUGGCUACCAGCUGACUGACACGAAGGCUUACGGAGACAGAAUAGAGCGCAUGCUGCGGCUCAGCAUGAACGUCGACCUGGAUGAACAGGUUGAGGAAGAACCAGAGGAGGAGCCAGCAGAGGAAGAGGAGGAGGCUGAUGAGGAAGAGCUUCAAGCAGAUGAGGAUGCUGAAGAAAAGGAAAGCACAGAAAAGGAUGAGCUGUAAGAACUUGUGCAUGCAGUAGUGGGGGAAGAGAGGUCAUGGGAUUGGGUUUGGAGAUCAGACAGAAGCUGAAUCCUGACAGACCCACCUUUUCUCUCCACUGGAGAGAGAGAGUGAAGAGCGUGUGGGACUGGGGUUCAGGGCUGGGUUUUUUUUAAGGAGCUGCUUUUGUGUUUGAAUUUUUUUACAUUCCUCAUGACUGUAAAUUUGUUAAUAUUUAACUGACCUGGUUGUUGAGUGUAGAGUUCCUGUCAUGUGAACCAUUAAAUGUUUCCAGAAAUG